UUGCUUUGUUGUUAUCAAAGCGUAUCCCACAAGCACGUAAACCAAAAGAUAAGAGUUUUGUUUAAUUGCAGUGACGUACCAUGAACAAGUCAAACAGUAUCAUGCGCCUGGCUCUUCUUCAGCUUAAGGGGUCAAAGGACAAAACUGCUAAUGUGCAAAAUGCCAUAAGUAAGAUCGAGGCAGCUGUGAAAGAGCACAAGCCUCGUCUAAUAACUUUACCCGAAUGUUUCAACUGCCCCUAUGGCACGAAAUACUUUCGUGAAUAUUCGGAGCGUAUACCAGACGGCUACACGUCGCAACAAUUAUCCGGAAUAGCCAAGAAACAUAACAUUUACAUCAUCGGCGGCACCAUACCAGAGCUGGGCGAGAACGAUGCCAUCUACAACACCUGUACGGUGUGGGAUCCUAGUGGCCAAUUGAUUGGCAAACAUCGCAAGAUGCAUUUGUUUGAUAUUGAUGUAAAGGGCGGCGUACGAUUCAAAGAGUCAGAAACUUUGUCAUCGGGCGACGAUUUCUGUGUAAUUAAUAUUGAUGGACGUAAAAUAGGGGUUGGCAUAUGCUAUGACAUUCGAUUCGAGGAGAUGGCGCGAUUGUAUCGUAAUGAAGGAUGCGAAAUGAUUGUCUAUCCAGCUGCAUUUAAUAUGACCACAGGUCCCUUGCAUUGGGAACUGCUGCAACGGUCGCGUGCCAAUGACAAUCAACUAUUUGUUGUAACUACUUCCCCAGCACGCGAUACCAGCGCUGACUACGUUGCCUACGGGCAUUCCAUGAUUGUUGAUCCAUGGGCAAAGGUCUUGAAAAGUGCUGGAGUGGAUGAAGAAACACUUGUAGCCGAUGUGGAUUUCUCGCUGGUGGAACAAGUUCGUCAACAAAUUCCUAUAUUCACACAACGAAGGCUGGACCUUUACGGCACUCAAAGGAGAGCCAAGUGAUAAAAUAUUUGGCUACAUUUAUUGCAUUUCUGUCUUUUGAAUUUCUUAAUAGAAAAAUGUAAAACAUUAAAAUAUGCAGAACAUUUACAAAGACA